AUGGCGCCAAAACAAAAAGCCCAGAAGAUGUCCAUCGGGACCUUCUUGGCCGACGAGAGUCUCGGCUCCUGGGCCGAUGAAAUGGAGGAUAUGCCCUUGCCUGCUGCCCCAGAACUACGCUCAACCUAUGGAGGUGAACGUCGUGCCGUUAGCUCGACCGCAGGAUUUGGUAGCGGCUUCAAUGACCGCGAGCGUCCGGCAUUCUCGUCUCGACCCGAACUCCCCUUACCCACCGAGCCCCCGUAUACCGCUCACAUCGGCAACCUUUCCUUCGAUGCCACCUCCACCGAUGUUUCCCAGCUGUUUGCUGACUGUGAAGUGACCAAUGUCCGCAUCGUUGAAGACAAGCUUAACCGCAGCCCCAAAGGCUUUGGCUAUGUCGAAUUUGCUAGCGUCGAAGGAUUGAAGAAAGCACUCACUUUCUCUGGCACAACUCUUCAAGGGCGUGCCAUUCGUGUCAGCAUUGCAGAACCGCCUAAGGAUUCUCAGUCUUCUCGGGAUUUCAGCGACUGGUCCCGGAAAGGCCCUCUCCCAGACUUGCCCCGCCGUGGUGGAAACGAUCGCCCUGGCUUCAACCGAGAGUUCUCAGACAACAUUUCUGAAACUGGUAGCCUCCGUGGCGAACGACGUCGAUUCGAGGGCGACGGAAAGCCCCGUGACUUUGGUAACUGGGAGCGGAAAGGUCCACUGUCGCCUGUCGCUCCUGUUGCCGGACGUGAAGGUGGCCGCUCACGAACCAACGAGGGCUCUAGCUUCCGCAAAAACUCCCCGGCUUGGGGAGAAGGCCGGUCGCAGGACGGCUCGCGCCCUCCGCGCCGUGAAUUCCAAGAGCGACCGGAACGACCAGAGCGUACGCCCACUGCAGCUGAGCUGGAUAACCAGUGGAGGGCCAGGAUGCGCCCGGAUGCCCCAGCUGCCCCGAAGGAGCCCAGCAACCCGCCUUCUCCCGUUGCUGCUCCCGCUGCACCGGCUGUACGACCAAAGUUGAAUUUGCAGAAGAGGACUGUGUCCGAGAACGUCCAGAGCCCGCCUCCUAGUGCCGAUGCAGGUGACCCUAAAGCCAAUCCUUUCGGUGCUGCUCGACCUAUCGAUACCGCUGCCAGAGAACGAGAGGUAGCAGACAAACGCGAUCGUGCUCGCAAGGAGGCUGAAGAGAAGUCCAAGGCAGAGAAGGCAGAGAAACAACGCCAAGCCAAGGAGAAGGCUAAGGCCGAGAAAAGUGCAGCCGGUGAUUCUAACGGGACGAAGGAAUCGGACCCGGAUGCGCCGAAGAAAUCGAACUUCGAGGUUCUCCGUCGGGCCGGAGAUGACGAGAGUGGUAUGACAGCGGAUCAGGAAAUAGAGGGAGCCAAAGCAGAGCCAGUCGCAACCAAGGAGCAAGCAAAGGAGGCUCCUGAAAGUAGGACGAACGGCAGUUGGAGAAAGGCUGAACCUGCCGCUACCCCGGCCGCUGAAGCCGACGAAGAAGGCUGGAGCACCGUUUCUACCAACAAGCGCAACAAGGGACGUGGCCGUGGUUACUAA